CCUGCUCCAUCAUCCACUGCUCUUGGAGCUUCUCCCUGCUGCCUGCUUGGGUCUCUCCUGUGCCCCUGCGAAGAUGUCUCUGAACCAGAUGCAGCUCAAGCAGGAGCUGUCCCUGCCCCCGGGCCUCGGCAAGGCCAUCCCAGGGCAGAGCCAGGAGCCGGCGCCGUGCCCGCAGCAGCAAGGCCAAGCUCAGGUCUCAACACCUUGCCCAGAGCCAGUGCCAGUGGUAGUGGUGUGCCCAGAGAAGCCAGAGCCACUGCCAGCAGCAGCCCUGGAACCAGGCACCGGCGAGCAGCAGCAGCAGCAGCAGCAGCAGCAGUGCAAACUGCCCCCAAGCCUCCUGCCCGGGCCGGGCCCCGAAGAGAAAUCAGAGUGCAAGGAGGUGCCCGUGCCAGCCCCUGGCAGCUGCUCUGAACCAGCUCCCUCUGUGCUGCAGAAGCAGGAAUGCAAGGAGGUGCCUGUGCCAGUCCCUGUCCAGCGCCCUGAGCCUGCAGCGUGCGCCCAGGAGAAGCAGCAGUGCAAGGAGGUGCCUGUGCCCACCCCAUGCCCCCAGGAGAAGCAGCAGUGCAAGGAGGUGCCUGUGCCCACCCCAUGCCCCCAGGAGAAGCAGCAGUGCAAGGAGGUGCCUGUGCCCACCCCAUGCCCCCAGGAGAAGCAGCAGUGCAAGGAGGUGCCUGUGCCCACCCCAUGCCCCCAGGAGAAGCAGCAGUGCAAGGAGGUGCCUGUGCCCACCCCAUGCCCUCAGGAGAAACAAGAGUGCAAGGAGGUGCCUGUGCCCACCCCAUGCCCUCAGGAGAAGCAAGAGUGCAAGGAGGUGCCUGUGCCCACCCCAUGUCCCCAGGAGAAGCAGCAGUGCAAGGAGAUCCCUGUGCCAGUCCCUGUUGUAUGCCCUGAACCUGCACCAUGCCCCCAGGAGAAGCAGCAGUGCAAGGAGCUGCCUGUGCCCACACCCUGUGCCCAGGAGAAGCAGCAGUGCAAGGAGAUCCCUGUGCCCACCCCAUGCCCUCAGGAGAAGCAUCAGUGCAAGGAGGUCCCCGUGCCCACCCCAUGCCCCCAGGAGAAGCAGGAGGGCAAGGAGAUCCCUGUGCCAGUUCCUGUUCAAUGCCCUGAGCCUGCUCCAUGCCCUCAGCAGCAGCAGGAGUGCAAGGAGGCUGUGCCAGAGCAGUGCCCACCCCUGGAGCAGCAGCUGCAGCAGCUCAGCCAGUGGCCACCCAUGCAGAAGUAG